AGUGGAGCUGCCAUUGCAGAGGAAGCAUCUGCCAUGGAGACAGCGACACAGCAAACCCUCAUCACUUUACUCUCCAUAGCAGCAGUGGUUGCCAAGGCAGAAGACACCUGCCCAGAGGUGAGGAUAGUGGGACUCAGUGGUUCCGAUAAACUCACCGUUCUCCAAGGAUGCCCUGGCAUGGCUGGUGCUGCAGGACCCAAAGGUGACCCAGGAGCUGCAGGAAUGAAAGGUGUUCAGGGAACACAGGGAAUCCCUGGGAAGGCAGGACCACAGGGGCUGAAAGGGGACAGAGGUGUUGCUGGUCCCCCAGGUCCAAAAGGCGAUAAAGGAUCUCCUGGAGCUCCUGGAACACUAGGAGAGCAAGAGCUGGACAGCGUCCAGUGUAAGAAAGGAGCAAAAAACUGCAAGGAGCUGUUAGCUAGAGGGAACGCCCUGAGUGGCUGGUACACCAUCUACCCCAGUGACUGUAACGCCAGGACCGUGCUGUGUGACAUGGACACAGAUGGUGGAGGAUGGCUUGUUUUCCAAAAACGGGCAGAUGGAUCUGAGAACUUUUUCCGCAACUGGGAUUCAUACAAGAGAGGUUUUGGCAGCCAGCAGUCAGAAUUCUGGCUGGGGAAUGACAAUAUCCACUUGCUGACAUCCCUUGGAAACCAUGAACUCCGCAUUGACCUCAAAGACUUUGAAAGCAACACGCAUUUUGCCAAGUACAAGUCAUUCAAGAUUGCAGGAGAGACAGAGAAAUACAAACUGAUUCUUGGAGACUUUAUUGGAGGCACUGCAGGUGAUUCACUAACCUCACACAAGGACAUGAAGUUUUCAACCAGAGACCAUGACAACGACCUGGCUUCAAAUGCUCAGAACUGUGCUGCACUCUACAAGGGGGCCUGGUGGUACAAGGACUGUCACUGGUCCAACCUGAAUGGGAUGUACUUGGCUGGUGCCCAUGCCAGCUUUGCAGAUGGUGUGAACUGGAGGACAGGCAAAGGAUAUAAUUAUUCCUACAAACAAUCAGAGAUGAAAUUUAGGCCUGUCUAGCUCAGCCAGCAGGCACACGAUGGAAGAACUGCUCUCUGGUUCUUGCCUGUAACAUUUUCCUGGCACUGCCUUCUCCUUUCUCCCUCCAGCGCCUGGGUCCUAAGUAUGGCUAAUGCUCUGAUACUCAAUUUGGUACCACUGAUUUCACUCAUUUUCUUCGGCUCCCACCUGUGACUGCCUUGGCUGCCCAACUAACAGAGCUGCUUCACGUUCUACAGGGUUCAUGGCAGGGGAUAUGAGUCCAAGUGGUACCUCUUUCUAGACACUAAGUAGCAACAAGCUUAAUGUCCACUGAGUUGGGCUUAGAAGCCUGCUCAUGUCGUUAAGGGAGUGGGCUAGGACUCCAGAGAUGGGGGUUGUCAUAAACAGAUAGUAGGAGUUAAUAGAACAGAAGUACUUCAUAUCUCUUUUGCCUGUAAAGGGUUAACAAGAUCAAUGAGCCUGGCUGUCACCUGACCAGAGGACCAAUCAGGGGACAGGAUACUUUCAAAUCUUGAGGGAGGGAAGUUUUGGUGUGUGCUGUUAGUGUUUGGUUGUUGUUCUCUCUGGGUUCUGAGAGUGACCAGAAGUGCAGCCAGGUUUCUCUCCAAUCUCCCUGAUACAGUCUCUCAUAUGUCCAGAAUGGUAAGUACUAGGUAGAUAAGGUGAGUUAGGCUUAUGUUUGUUUCUUUAUUUGCAAAUGUGUAUUUGGCUGGAAGGAGUUCAAAUUUGUAUUUUGCUGAAAGGAUUUUAAUUUGUACUUGUAUACUUGGGCUAGGAGGGUAUUCCCAGUGUCUAUAAC